AUGUCUCAUUCGUAUCAAGCCUUCAGUGGCCGCAAGGUGGAGGGAUAUGCCGUUCUGGGUCAGGCAGCUAUCGCUAUAUCCGAUGAUAUGUCCAAGAUCUCCUCGUGGGAAAGCAGCGAUGCAGACUCCCUCUACAGAAAGACCAAGCUUAUAUGCACUAUGGGCCCAUCGUGUUGGGAUGUUGAUACUCUGGUGAAGAUGAUCGAUCAGGGCUUGAACAUCGCCAGGUUCAACUUCUCUCAUG